UGGAGAAUAGCGAUUUCAGCAUCCUUGAGCAACCAAAAUCCAAUCACGAGGUUAGUGACCCUCUUCCGAUGGAGAACAACAUGUGUUUCCUUCUCUCCUCUAAAAACCGAGCCAAGUUGAAAGAAGCUUGGCCGAUGGUCGAAUCGUCCUUAGAACAACUCGGGUAUUUAUGCGCAAUGAGUAUGGUUGAUUCCACAAUCUCACUGGUAUUACCCUCGUCUACAGACCCAGAUAUCACGCGCAAGGCUGAUUAUCUUUUCAAACUUUUGUUAAAGACUCCUGUUCCAGCACCUCUGGCAAUAGAGUUGGCCCUCCAUGGCAGGCAACAUGAUUGCAUCAAGCUUGGUCCAAAGCGUGGGUUACGCAAAAAAUAUGGGAUGGACAUGGAGAAAUUUGAUAAACUGCGAAGAGGUCUCAAACGCUCUUUAAAGGAACUUGAAGAUCUGACCCACUGUACUCUUUUUCUAAACAAAAAUACUCUUACCGCUGUGGGUCCCUCUUCAAGAUUAGGCUGGGUCAGGAGGGUUUUGAAAGCCUGUAUAAGACGAAAGUUGAGUCCCCAUCAUGUUAUCAGUGCGUUCAUAUGUAAGUUUGAUCAAAAAAUUGCAAAUGCUCGGGAUCUUGAUGUCUCUAAUGUUGAGAAUAUUGGCCAUCUGGUGAACGAAGAUGGUGCAGCUGAAGUGACAUUGUCCUUUCUUGAAGUAGAAGCAACAAGGAUGGAAGGAAUUUUGUCAAUGGUGGAGUCAUCUUUAGAGAAGUAUGGCAUUUCUUGCACACUGAAUCUGAUUAACUGUACCGUGACUCUCUCAACAACUGAAGCAACCAAAGAGUACCCGGAUGCUUUUGAGAAGGCUAGGCAUCUUUUGCAACUUUUGACAACAUCCAAUGUCCCACCAUCUCUGGCUUUCGAUUUAGCACUGAAUGGCAAGCAGCAUGAAUUCAUCAAGAUGGGGUUUCAAGAGGGUGGGCUUUGCUCAAUGUAUGGAAUUAAGAAGGAACAAUAUCUUAAACGGCUGAAAUGGCUCACUCGCUCUCUUAAGGUGAUUAGAAAAUUGACGGCCUGUGGUAAUAUAUACUUUUCAGCUUUAGGAGACACUAUUACCUGUGUGGGUCCGUCUCUUGCGGGAUUAAGGACGUUCAGGAAGGUUGUGUUGGCCUGCAUUGUUGAAGAUCUGGAUCCUGCAUAUCUUAUAAGGAAAGAGUCAAAAAGGAAGCUGAAGGAGAGUAUUAAUUGUUUGCUUGCCUGAACAAAUGUGGGUGUUCUAGUUCUAUUCUAGUAGUGUUAUAUAUUAUCACUCCUUAGUCUUUGUAA